AUGGUGUUCAUUGCAUGGGCUACAUGUUUCUUGUUCUAUGCAGCUCAGUUUGUUGCAACAUCUCAAUCCUCAGCACUACAACUAGAAGCAAACGCCAUGCUUGCGAGUGGGUGGUGGAGAAGCACCAAUUACACCAACAAUACCUCAAGUCGUUGCGAGUGGCUUGGUAUUACUUGCAAUGGUGCUGGAAGCGUCACAAAGAUUGUCAUGAGCUCUGGUGGUUUCAAUUUGGGAGAGAUGUCAAAACUCAACCUCUCUUGCUUUCCAAAUUUAGUCCGCCUUGAUCUUUCCUUCACCGGACUUCAGGGGAGUAUCCCAGUCGAGAUAGGUACUCUAUCCAAACUCACAUACCUUGAUCUGUCCCAUAAUAAACUGACAGGUGAGUUGCCUCUUUCACUUACAUACCUCACCCAAUUAGUGAUGUUUAACGUUUCUUCUAAUCAAAUCACUGGACCAAUCCCUACCUCUCUUUCGCUUUUAAUCCAUCUCACCCAUGUCAUUUUGUAUGCCAAUCAAAUCAAUGGUUCCAUACCAUCAGAAAUAGGAAUGCUGAAUAAUUUGGUUGUCUUAGACCUAGGUGGUAACAUGCUCAUUGGUCCAAUCCCUUCCACUUUGGGUAAUUUAACUAUUUUGAAAGAAUUGUUUCUUGAUUCCAAUCAAAUCAAUGGUCCAAUCCCUUCCACUUUGGGUAACUUAACUAAUUUGGAAGAUUUGUUGCUUGUUUUCAAUAAAAUCAUUGGUCCAAUCCCUUCCACUUUGGGAUUGUCUCUUGCUUCCAAUCAAAUCAAUGGUACAAUCCCUUUCACCUUGGGUAGUUUAACUAAUUUGGAAGGUUUGUAUCUUUUUUCCAAUCAAAUCAGUGGUUCCAUUCCCCCAAAACUAGGAAACAUGAAGAAUUUGAUUAUCUUGUACCUCUCAAAUAACAGCCUCAAUGGUCCAAUCCCUUCCACCUUGGGUAGUUUAACUAAUUUGGAACGUUUGUAUCUUUUUUCCAAUCAAAUCAGUGGUUCCAUUCCCCCAAAACUAGGAAACAUGAAGAAUUUGAUUAUCUUGUACCUCUCAAAUAACAGCCUCAAUGGUCCAAUCCCUUUCACUUUGGGUCAUUUAACUAAUUUGGAAUAUUUGUAUCUUUAUUCCAAUCAAAUAAUUGAUCCAAUCCCUUCCACUUUGGGUAAUUUAACUAAUUUGGAAGUUUUGUAUCUUCAUUCCAAUCAAAUCAAUGGUCCAAUCCCUUUCACUUUGGGUAAUUUAACUAAUUUGAAAGUUUUGUAUCUUCAUUCCAAUCAAAUCAAUGGUCCAAUCCCUUCCACUUUGGGUAAUUUAACUAAUUUGGAAGGAUUGCAUCUUGAUUCCAACCAAAUCAAUGGUCCAAUCCCUUCCACUUUGGGUAAUUUAACCAAUUUGAAAUAUUUGUCUCUUGGUUUUAAUCAAAUAAUUGGUCCAAUCCCUUCCACUUUGGGUAAUUUAACUAAUUUGAAAUAUUUGUUUCUUUAUUCCAAUCAAAUCAAUGGUUCCAUUCCCCCACAAAUAGGAAACUUGAAGAAUUUAAUUAUCUUGUACCUCUCGAAUAACAGCCUCAAUGGUCCAAUCCCUUCCACUUUGGGUCAUUUAACUAAUUUGGAAGAAUUGUACCUCAGUCAAAAUCAAAUUAAAGGUUCCAUCCCCAUUGAAAUAGGGAACAUGAAGAGUUUGUCUAGUCUGUCUCUUGAUCAUAACAAUCUCAUUGGUCAUAUCCCCACUCAAAUUGGCAACCUUCGUUCGUUGAAAGAUCUUGACCUUAGUCAUAACUUUAUCAGUGGAGAAGCACCUGUUGAACGUGGGACGACUAUUGAUCAUUUACGGAGGUUGGAUAUCAGCUGCAAUAAUCUCACCGGCAAUAUUCCCAAUAGUUACGUUUCUAUUCAAACAGUCAACUUGUCAUAUAAUUCUUUGACAGGUCCAAUUCCAACAAAUUUUGAUCAGUACCAUACACUUGACACAUUAAUUGGCAACAAGUAUUUGUGCGGUGACUUUACGGGUUUCCCUCCUUGCCUUCCAACUAGUAACAAAUCAAUUGUAACCAAAGCAAAAAUUUGUGUUUCCAUCGCCAUUUCCCUUGGAUUCUUAGUUCUUGGGGGCUUUCUCCUAUGUCGACGCAUGGUCAAGAAACUCCAAUUUGAGUCAAGAAAAGAAACAAAGCAUGGGAACUUGUUUUCGAUAUGGAAUUAUGAUGGACAUAUUGCAUAUGAAGACAUCAUUGAAGCAACCGAGGACUUUGAUAUACAAUAUUGUAUUGGAACCGGUGGUUAUGGUAGCGUUUACAAAGCAAAAUUACCUGGUGGAAAAGUGAUUGCCUUGAAAAAACUUCAUCGAUUGGAGGCUGAGAACCCAACUUUUGAUAUGAGUUUCAGAAACGAGGUAAAAGUGUUAACAGAGAUCCGCCAUCGAAACAUUAUAAAACUUCAUGGGUUCUGUUUACAUAAGCGAUGCAUGUUUCUGGUUUACGAGUACAUGGAAAGGGGAAGCCUAUUUUGUAUCCUAAAUAAUGAUGUUGAAGCGAUAGAAUUGGAUUGGAGCAAGAGAUUAAACAUCAUUAGAGGCACUGCCCACGCUUUAUCUUACAUGCAUCAUGAAUGCAUUCCAGCAAUUGUUCAUCGAGAUAUAACAAGCAACAAUAUUUUAUUGAACAAUAAACUAGAGGCUUUUGUCUCUGACUUUGGCACAGCUAAGCUCAUUGAUCCUGAUUCCUCCAACCAAACGUUAGUUGCUGGCACUUACGGUUACAUUGCCCCAGAAUUGGCCUAUACCUUGAAAGUUACUGAAAAAUGCGAUGUUUAUAGCUUUGGAGUUGUGGCACUGGAAAUAAUAAUGGGAAGACAUCCAACGGAACUCCUGACUUCAUUAUCAUCGUCAUCUUCUCAAAACAUGAUGUUACAUGAAAUACCUCCCAAUCACUUGGUUGCACAAGAUAUUUUCCUUCUUGCUACAAUAGCAUUUGCAUGCCUACACGAAAAACCAAAAUCUCGGCCUACAAUGAAAUGCGUGUCUCAAAAAUUUCUUUCUCGGGAGAAGCCAAUAGCCAAGCCUUUACAAGCAUUUUCAUUAUGGCAGCUAAGGAACCAAGAAAUGUAUUUGAUUUGAUCAAGGGGAGA